CGUAAAAUGAGCUCACUGCGAGGUGCACUGCGACCUGCGCUGCGUGCGCUGCAGUCAUCGACUACGUCUUCGGCGCCGCUCACGUUGCGUAGUAUGAGCUCUGCUUCCUCGUCACGUUUCGACCGGUCUGCAAAGCUGGCUGACGAGAGCAUCAUGGAGCAUCUCGUGUGUCCUAUCUCCAAGCAUCCGCUGCGGUAUGACGCCGAGCGCGGCAGUCUCGUGUGCGACGAGAUCAACGUCGAGUAUCCGAUCUGGCAAGGAAUCCCUAUGCUCGUUCCCUCUGAAGGACGCAUUAUCAACAACGACCAGCACUAGGACGUUAGAAAGCCUAUACCGGUGACCGCGAAAGCGAGGACGGGCACAAUGAAGAUGCAGAUUUGAGAAGAGAAUAAUAAGUUGUUAUCACGAAACACAGGCCUAUCGGGAUUUGCGCAGAGUAUUA